AACACAAGAAGGAAGCUCGCCUCAGUUCUAGGCAUGAAUCUCUAACUAUCCAGCAGGCUACAGUUCAUCUGUUGGCUAGAAUGCCUUCAUCCAAGAGGUCUAAUCAGUGGUCCCUGUCAGAGGUUCUGGGCCAGCGGAGACGGCUGUUAGGCCUUGGCGCUCUACUGGCCUGGUUGAUCCUCUUCCAUCUCCUCGUUAACGUCUGGCUCCUCUGCAUCUUCACUAGUCUCCUGGUUGUCUUGGGAGGUUGGUUUGGAUCGCGAGCCAUUCUGGAUGCCAACAGCCUUCUCCACUUGGAGCAUUUCUUGCCGCUCGGCGGGGCGACUCCGUCUCAGUGUUCGGCCGAACAUGAGUGGAGACUCAAUCACGAGAUCCACAGCGCCGUCCACAAAGCGGUGCGGGAUUUUGUGUCUUCCUGGUAUCGCACUCUUCUGCCAGAGGUGGAAGGCGAGUUUGAGCGUGCGGUGCGCAAUUCCAUGCUGGAAUCGGUGAUGGAGCUGAAGGAGCGUGCGAGACAUGUAGACAGAAAGGCCGUGGUCCAACGGCUUUUAGAGCUGUAUGGCUGCCACCUGCAGAGCUACAUGACAGCCAGGCACAUGCUGCUGGAAACACAGCGAGAAGUUGAGAACGUUAGCCUUUGGCAGCUCUACCAGGAAGUAGACAGCCCUCAUCCAGCUGUUAGCGAUGCAGCCGCUGAGCUCAGGUACGCCAGAGCUCUGGUUAACCUCGUCUUGCACGUGCUUGUUCCGUACCCUCAGAUGGAAACCAGGACGGGAGGGUACAUGGUUACCGAACUCAUUACCUGCAAUGUGCUUCUGCCGCUAAUAAGCAGGCUGUCUGAUCCCGACUGGCUCAAUCAAACCAUUGUAGACGUCUUCACCAGGUCACAAAAACCACAGGAUGGCGCCCUGUACAGGUGCGCGCUCCAUGAUUCGUGGAUCACCUGUCUGUCAUCUUCGGAUCAAGCGAACCCCGUGAGCGGGAGCAACUCUGAUCUUCGUGAGCUGCUCAACCCGAUGAGUGAGGAGGACUCCUGUCAGUGCAGCUUGCUGAGCCUUGAGACUUGCUCUGGGAAAGCUGAGAAUUGCCACGCUGGUCUGCUCACACCGUGCAAAGUCCACUGCUGUUCCCUCACGUCUGGCCAUUGCUCUCACCUCCCAGAGUCCAAGAUGCUGUCACCGGACUCCCCGAUGCAGUCCGACACGGACGAUGGCAUGACCAGACGCUUGUGUGAAUGCGGUCCCUCAGCCAACUUCUGCAACACGAUGAAUUUAAACGACGACGCUGAGGAUUUUGGCUGCUUCGGUACGCUGAAAAAUCUGGGGCCGAAGGCGGUGCCCGUGAAUUUACCCUGGCCUGUCGGUAUUGCUCAAGAGAAAUCCCCAGCAGGGCCUUCAAGAAGACUUUGCCUCAGUCCCUUGAACUUUGACAGUCCAAACAAACCAUCAAUGGGCAUCCAGAAUGUGCAAAUUGCUGGAACAGUCAGUGCAAAGGAGCAGCGUGGUACUGGAACACAUCCGUAUACUCUCUACACUAUCACGUUUGAGACCGCAACAUGCCCCGAAAGCGGUGACUUUUUGCAACCUGCAACCUGUCACUCGGUCAACCGCAGAUACAGCGAGUUCCUCAACUUGCAAACACGUUUAGAGGAGAACCCAGAAGUGAAGAAAUUUGUCAAGAAUGUAAAAGGUCCGAAGAAAAUGUUCCCUGACCUUCCCUUUGGGAACACAGAUGGUGAGAAGGUGGAAGCCCGUAAAGGCCAACUGGAUACGUUCCUUAAGCAACUAAACAGCAUACCUGAAACAGCGAGGAGUGAGGACAUGCAGGAGUUCCUGUCUCUAAACUCAGGGGUUUGCACGUAUUUUGGAAAAAGGCCUUUUGUCAAGUCAAGAAUUGAUAAGAUGAUGGAAAACGCUUUAGACACAUUGAAGACAGCCUUUCCUCACCCCGAAGCCGUGAGUCCAACAGAGGACCUUGAGGGAGACUCUGAAGGGAGAACACUGGACAGCAGAAAGUACAGGAGGCUCAUGUUCCCGAGCAAAGUGUCUCCAACUCUCAAUAUACCUGACUUACAUCCUAAAGUGACUUACUGCUUUAGUGAAGGCAGCCCUGUGCUCAAUGGCAUGUCCUUGUCCAGACUGGAGAGCUUUGUCCUGGAGCAGGAACGACUUUUAUGCGAGCCCCAAGGCAGAAAACAAGCCAAGCAGACGGAGCUCGUGGGCACAGACAAGGCGACGUGUGGCAAAGUUCACGGCGCCGACACAGCUGUGGCAGAUGUUGCGCUGAACAUUUUGUGUUUGUUGAUGAAGGACCAGUGGAGUUGGCUGUGCACUGAGAACGUCCAGAAGGCCAUCAGACUUAUCUUUGGCACUUUUAUUGAGAGAUGGAUGGACAUCGGAGUGGCCCACCUGACCAGCGCCCCCUGUUGGGUCAUUUACCUCCAAGUGCUGCAGGAGGCCGUGUGGCCCGGAGGUGCUCUUCCCGCCCAACCGCAGCCCGAGCGCAGCACCGCUGAGAGAAAGGAAACCAAGGACCGAUGCCUGGAAUGUCUCAUGCAGCUACUUCCGGAGCUCAUCACUGACAUGUUAGGCAGUGACAAGUACAGAUUGAGCAUGGAGACCAUGCUGGAGUCUUUACAGGAACACCACAUUAACAAGCAUCUCGUUUACUGCAUCUGUGACCUGCUACUGGAGUUUCUGAUACCAGAAUCAAGCAAUGAUUCCUUCCAGAGGUCUCUUCUGCAGAGUCUAUGCAAAGAUACUCCUCCCUGAUGGCCACAUUUCACCACAGCUGUGUCGCAGCUCGAAGUCGAGUCCGACCUGGACCGCGUGAUUUAAGGCUUUGAUGCAACUGCAUAGAAGGACUCACUUGAUUGCUCCAUGUCCAAGAAUCAUACAUUGUAGCUCUCUACUAACCUACUCUAAAUCAUUGUUAAGUUCAGCUCCUGUAUAUUGUGUAUGCACACAAAUGCAACCUCAGAGAACAGAUGCCGGCUCGUUUGUUUUUUCCCUCCGCAUACACAUCUGGUCUCAACAUUAGGUACAGUUGCACCAAUAAGAGACAAGACAAGAUAUAUAUUAUAUACAGUGCACGAGAGCUGUUUUUAGGUCUUCUGCCCCUCAUGUAACUGAGCGGUUACUUUGUUGAAUUGUUUUAUUUGUUUUGUGUUGAUGACUCCAAAAUCUUUCCGUUAGUUCUAAAUGUUGAAGAAUAAUCUCUCAGUGAGAUGAGGGCUGUGAUUCAUUCAGUCAUUGGUUCCCAUUUCAAGACAGAUUUGCAUUGAUACGGUACCGAAAUGCAUUUUUGAAAUGUUCAAAGCUGCUAAAUGAUUGAAAGUGAAUCAUUUUGGAAGGUUGACCAGUUCAUUUGAAAGCAAACCAACUGCACUUAGCGAUAGCUUUCAAGUUGUGUGACUGAGUUGGAAUGAUGAUUUUUGUUUUUUAUGAAUAAUUUAUGAGUACGAUUACAAAAGUGUGAUUUGCCGAGGAAUCUGCAAAGCAUGUGUGAAAAGAUGCUGGAAGUCCACUGAGCCAAGUGUUCUUUUCACCAGCAAAGUCAACGUCUGGUCCAGGCAGCCCGAUAAUCUUCCCAUGAUCUUUUGACCCUUUCCCCAGACGUCUUUGAUAAAGUUUGAAUAGUAUUAAACAUUGAAACUGUUCUUUGUCACUUGUCUGAUCCAGAUGAGCCAUACAACUGUAAGAAUGUUCCUUCUAUAUAUUUGACUUGAAUUUUUAAUUAAGAUAAAUGAGGAACAGAACUAACAGCAUGUAUGAAGUGUUUCCAUACGGCAGCAUGAAUCCCUUUUUAAAAAGCUGAUUUCUGCAGCCCACAAUAUAGAAAGCCAGUCAGCGGAAAUCAAGAAAAUGGAGGUGAGGCGAGGGCAACCAGAACGCUAUAAGUGAAUUAUGGUCCGCAGAGUAUGUGAAAGAAAGAAAAAUCAACAUAGUCAGUUGGUCAAAAAUGUCAUCAUGGCAUCUCAAAAAUGUCUCACUCCUUUGCAGGGCGUCACAUGUCAUAAAAUGAACAGAUAAACAUUUGAAAAACGAUUUGGGUCUCUUUGUUAUGCCUCAGAUUUUGUACCUUCUACGG